CUGCCUGCACAGAGGCUCGACUUCAGGUACCGGCGAGAGGCCGAGGACGCCGUGACGUCAUCCAGCGAGGUCAACGACCCCGAGGAAGGCUUCAGGCCCGAACCCUGUCCGGACUUCGACCCCAUCUCAGCGUUCUACCCGCCGAGGAGCACAGACGAAGUCUACGAAUCAAGCAAUAAUUGUGAAACACAAAAAAACGCUCAAAAAACUUCCAUGAUGAUCGAGAACCUCCUCAGCAUCAGAAGUGAUACGUGUUCCGAGUCACAAGACAAAUAA